AUGACACAGACCGCGUCAGAUGCGCAAGAGAGUCAACCAUCACCUGACAUCACGCCAAACAACGAUGAUUUACCGCGCACAAAUGGGGUUAAAGUCGAGAAUGGAGAAGGUGGCGAGCCUCCCACCAAGAGGCGUCGAGUCGGCGAGAACACCCCAAAUCCGCGACGAAAACCCGAGUCGCCUCCUUGGAAAAGAGUUGCAGCUGACGGGCCAUCCUCAUUUACGCAUAAUGGAGUCAGAAAAUCAGGCCGAACAAAUCAGAUACCUCCAGAGCUACAUCCCCAAUCAGACAAGCGACAGACGCGAGGUGCUUCACAGAAGACGUACUUGACCAAAGGCAAACGUGGAAGUGCGAAUGCGAGUAACCCGCUGCAAGCUCAGGAUAUGCCAUCGACUGCAACAAACGGAUCGAAGAAAUCUAUUCCCGCAGGCACAUCGUCCUCUCAACCAGCUCCAAAAUUGCCUGCCAAGUCCGCGACAUCUCCAAAGCGCUCUUAUCGAAAAUCGAUGCCCGCAGACCAAACAGCUACUCCUGUGCGCGCCUACAAAAAGAACUCGACUCCAAAAGCCCCGCAAUCAGCUCCAGCACCGUCCAAGACAGACAAACCACGACGUUCAGGGCGAGCCAGUGUGAUACUCCCAGAUGAAGCGCCUGACCAAUCAGACACACUGAAUGGCGACAGCCCUGGUCAGACACCCAAGUCGAAGCUCUCAAGGAUAAAAUUCCGAGUCAAACCUGCGGAACUACCGUUAAUACAUCCCGAUUUGGUACCUAGGCGGCAACCUCGAUAUUCAAGCUUGAAAGAGUUCUUAAACUCUGCGGCUAAUAUACCGGUGGAUGAAGGCGGCCUUUAUAACCCAGAAGAUGCUUCAGAAUACACGCCCGAGACGAUUGUCAAGGAUGCUCAAAUUCUCCUUCGCCUGGAGGACGCCGCCGAGCCAGGGGGAGUCCUUAGCCCUGGAUUCUGUUCGGUAUAUCAGCCUGAAGAGCAGGAUCAGCCGCCGGUUCAGUAUGCACAUCUGGAUCACCUAAACAGAGCAGCGAUCGAGUUCAGGAAGCUGAUGGUUAUCGAAGAGAGGAAACAUCGGAAUACUGCGAAACGAUUGGCCGAGGCAUGCAGAGAUGAGUGGUAUCGAAGACAGCCUAAGACCCUGGAACAGUUAGAAGCUGAAGAGAAACGGAAAGUUGAAGGCCGCUACAAAGUUUUGGUUAAAAGUCUACAGGGAACGUGGGAAAAUGUUAAAGCUGAAGUAAAUCGACGACGACUAUUAGAAUGGGAGGCCCAAGAGCAAGCCCGAGUUCGCAGAGCACUUAAUGAAGCAGUCGACAAAUCAACACAGAAGUUGGAGGCACGAAGAGCGCGGAGAGACUCGGAGAUAUCUUCAGAUGAGGACGAUAGCGAAGAGUCAGAUGUCGCGAGCUCAAGUGACUCGGAUUCGGAAGACAGAGAAAGCAACAUGUCAACGGACUCGGAAGUAGAUGAGGAUCAUCUGCGGUCUGACGCAGUGGAUGAUGAACAUCUAACAAUAGAAGAGCUUCGCAAAAAGUACUCCUCACUUCCGAGUCUUUCUGUUGCAUCAGUAGAUGAAGAUGUGGCCGACCCAGAUAACGACCAAAAUUCCUCUUCAGGCCAAGAUGUGGAUAUGGUGGAGUUGAAAUCUACAUUUGAUGACAGCGAUGAGUCAAUCGACAUGGAUGAUGAUAUGGGCUCUAGUGAUGAAGAUCGUGAUAGUGAGGAUGAGGCUAGCGAAGACGACGACGAUGACGAUGAUGGUGAUCCAGCAGAAUCCAGCCUACUCGGCUUUCUUCCUCCUUCAGAUCUGGAAGCGAUGAAACUCGAUCAAGUUGAUUCCGCAAUAUCAACAGUCAAGGACGAAGCAGAUAUUGUCGAAGACAACGAAGUUCCACUUGUUCCAGAUCCUGUGCCGAUACAGCCAUCUGAUGAAGAAACCGGGGUAGACGACGCUGUCGAGUCCACACCCGUGACAGAAUCUUCAAAGCAAGCUCCAGAAGUCUCAGCUGCCAGCCCCGAUCGUAGUUCUCAGCCUACCCCAAGGACCACCGAAACUAGACCGUCAGAAAGCGAUUCAGCUUCUUCUGUGGAACUUCACCAGGACAGCCGUCAAGUCACUCAAAGUGCCACGCCACAACCAAACAGUCACUUGAAGACGCCAGUUCCAUUCCUCCUUAGAGGCACUCUAAGAGAGUAUCAGCAUUAUGGCCUGGACUGGCUCGCCGGUCUGUAUGCCAACAACACCAACGGUAUUCUGGCGGAUGAGAUGGGUCUGGGUAAAACAAUCCAAACUAUAGCCCUAUUGGCCCAUCUUGCUUGCGAGCAUGAAGUGUGGGGUCCGCAUUUGGUGAUUGUUCCCACAAGUGUCAUGCUAAACUGGGAGAUGGAGUUCAAGAAAUGGUGCCCUGGCUUCAAGAUUUUGACAUAUUAUGGCACGCAAGAGGAACGCAAACGGAAGCGCCUAGGCUGGAAGUCGGAAGACGCAUGGAACGUUUGCAUCACCUCUUACCAGCUCGUUAUCCAAGAUCAGCAAGUGUUCAAGCGCCGGAGGUGGCACUACAUGAUCCUGGAUGAAGCCCAUAAUAUCAAGAACUUCCAGUCGCAAAGAUGGCAAACUAUGCUUACAUUUAAUACCCGAGCACGUCUACUCCUGACCGGCACUCCGCUUCAGAACAAUUUGACGGAGCUUUGGUCAUUGCUUUACUUCCUAAUGCCGUCAGAUGGAACCGAGCAAGGAGUAGGCGGGUUUGCAAACUUGAAAGAGUUCCAAGACUGGUUCAAAAAGCCAUCGGAGCAGAUAUUGGAACAUGGUCGCGAUCAAAUGGACGACGAGUCCCGGGCGAUCAUCAGUAAGCUCCAUAAGGUCCUUCGACCGUAUCUCUUGAGAAGACUUAAAGCAGACGUAGAAAAGCAAAUGCCGGCAAAAUAUGAGCACGUCGAAUUUUGUCGUCUAUCGAAGAGGCAACGCGAGUUAUAUGACGGAUUCUUGAAUCGAGAGGACACCAGAGGAACGCUAGCUUCUGGAAACUAUCUCUCUAUCAUUAACUGCCUCAUGCAGCUGAGAAAAGUUUGCAAUCAUCCAGACCUCUUCGUAGAUCGACCAAUCAUGACCUCUUUUCCUAUGGAGAAGUCAGUUGUCGCAGAUUUCGAGAUCAAAGACCUUCUCGUCCGCAGGCGCCUACUCAAUGAACACCCUAUGAGCAAGGUCAGCCUAGACUUUCUAAACCUGAUCCCAACGAAGCAUGAAAGUCUUUCUGAUGCAGUCACUGGACGGAGUGCCGCACUCAGUGCCCAAAAGACUCUCAUGAACUUGCGCGAAUCUCAGCGCAUAAGAGCACAGAAUGCUUUCACUAAACUUGAUCCUUCAACAGCCAAAUCCAACUUGGUCUACUUGGAAAGCGCUUCUAGGUGGGGUCGAUUUGAAGAACUUCAGCACUGCGUGUAUCUCAAUGCGCUACGGAGACAACAGAACCCCAUAUAUGGUAGCCGACUUGUGGAGAUGCUGACUAUCGGUGUCAAUGAGCGGCCUGCGCGACCUCGCCCUAGACGGCGAGAUCAGAUGUUGACUUGGCUUGAAAAUAGAUCCCCGACACUCACUGCCAUGGUUCCAACCAUCUCGUUACGCUCCCAAGCUCUGAACUCUACCAUACAGAAGUUUGCUUGCGUAACCCCUCCAGUGAUCGCGAGGGACAUGUCUUCUCUCGUGCUCACCCAGAAAGGAGCCGACACACUCCGGACAGCCUUUGCAAGUUCUGAACCAGACCCGUUUCACGAAGCACGGAUGAGACUUUCCAUACAAUUCCCCGACAAGCGCCUACUCCAGUAUGAUUGUGGAAAGUUGCAAACCCUAGCAAAGCUACUUCGGAAGUUACAAGACGGCGGCCACCGAGUUCUCAUCUUCACUCAGAUGACGAAAGUCCUGGAUAUUCUAGAGCAGUUCCUCAAUAUUCAUGGACAUAAGUAUCUUCGUCUGGAUGGAUCCACUAAAAUCGAGCAGCGUCAGAUCCUCACCGAUCGCUUUAAUAAUGACACGCGUAUCUUGGCUUUCAUCCUCUCGAGUCGAUCCGGAGGCUUGGGCAUCAACCUCACUGGGGCCGACACGGUCAUCUUUUAUGAUCUCGACUGGAAUCCAGCCAUGGAUAAGCAGUGCCAAGAUCGAUGUCAUCGAAUCGGACAGACACGUGAUGUACACAUCUAUCGCUUGGUCUCGGAGCAUACCAUAGAAGCUAAUAUUCUACGCAAAGCGAAUCAGAAGCGCAUGCUCGAUGAUGUUGUUAUCCAGGAGGGAGAGUUCACCACUGACUACUUCAAUAAGAUGUCCGUCAAUGAUGUUCUUGGCCAGGAGAGUGUUCUUGAUGGCGAUGCAGUAGCCAACGCUGCCGUGGACCGAGUUCUUGGAGGGUCUGACGAUAACAAAGAUGUACAGCGUGUGCUUGCUCAGGCUGAGGAUCGGGAGGAUGUGGCAGCUGCAAGAGUGGCCGAGCGCGAGAUAGUACAAACAGAUGCGGCGGAUUUCGAUGAAAAUGCCGUCACCGCCUCGGCUACACCCGCCGGUCCAGGAACCCCUCGAGAUGGCCUCCCAACACCCGCCGCAGAAGAGACUCCUGCAUUGGACGAUGAGAUGGAAGUAGACGAUGACGAAAUCAAUGCUUGGGGCGAACGGAUUAAGUCUACAGAUGACUACAUGUUGAAAUUCAUGGCUGAUCAGCUGAAGGAUACACCGGUGGAACUUCCUAAGGACAAGAACAGGAGCAAGAGAGGGAGAGACCACCGGAACCGCUCUCACAGGGUGAGAUAG